UUUCUUGAUUCCUUGUGUGUACAAUCUGUCUUCCUCCGUCGAUGGCGACAGAGAUUUGAGAGAGUGACGCAAUUCGCGGGUAAAGAAACCUACCCCUGCUGCAUAGCUCUUUCUCAGCUUUCACUCCACUGCAAAUUCACUCCAUUUUUGUCGUCUCUCUCAGCCGCGGACAAAAUAUACACACGCUUUUGUUUCUUUUUAAGAAAAGCUGAAUUCCUCUCACACUCAACCAGUGCUUCUCGUUCUUCAAAAUUUGAAGGUUUUUUACAGAGCUGUAAAACAGAAACAAAUGCCCGAGGUUCAGUCAGGUGCUUACACCAUAAGAUCCCAUGGAGUUAAAGUUGUGAAAACGCAUGUGCAAGACUGGCUGAUUCUUUUGCUUCUUGGGGUGACAGAGAUCAUUUUGAAUAUCAUAGAGCCGUUUCAUCGCUUUGUUGGACAGGACAUGAUGACAGACCUGAAAUACCCAUUGCAAGACAAUACUGUUCCAUUUUGGGCAGUUCCAAUCGUUGCAAUAGUGCUGCCUUUUGCUGUCAUUAUUUUCUAUUACUUUAUCAGAAGGGAUGUAUAUGACCUGCACCAUGCCUUACUGGGACUUCUAUUUUCUGUUCUUAUUACUGGAGUUAUUACUGAUGCCAUUAAAGAUGCUGUUGGUCGACCUCGUCCUGACUUCUUUUGGCGUUGUUUCCCUGAUGGAAAAGGGGUUUUUGAUCCUAUCACAAAGAAUGUUAUGUGUACUGGUGACAAGAGUGUCAUCAAGGAAGGACACAAAAGCUUCCCUAGCGGGCAUACUUCUUGGUCCUUUGCAGGUCUUGGUUUCCUUUCUUGGUACUUAUCUGGGAAAAUCAGGGCUUUUGAUCAUAGAGGCCAUGUAGCGAAGCUAUGUUAUGUCCUUUUACCAUUACUUCUUGCAGCUCUGGUUGCAGUCUCUCGGGUUGAUGAUUACUGGCAUCAUUGGCAAGAUGUUUUUACAGGGGCUAUUUUAGGGACAACAGUUUCUUCAUUUUGUUACUUGCAAUUCUUUCCGCCUCCGUAUGACAUGGAUGGUUGGGGACCUCAUGCAUAUUUUCAAAUGCUAGCAGAAUCUCGAAAUGACCUUCAAUCUGAAACGAGCACCAAUCCCAUAAGCGUACGGCAAACAGAGCUUGAAAGUGUAAAUGUUGAAACUCAAUCUCAGGUGGAAACUUCAAGAUUAAAUACUGGAGAUGCCAUUCUGGAUGGAUCCAGAAGUGGAAUGACCCGCUGACAUUGGGCUGUUGCCAUGGAGAUAGACAUACCAGGUGUGAAUACUUUGUAAGAUAAGUUGUAUGUGUUUGUUUGCUUUAACAAAUCAUCCUUCACCUUUUUCUGCUCAGGUCUUAUACUUGUUCGCUUCUUGUUUUCCAGAUUUAAUUGUUUUUGUAGAAUUUGAUACGGUUUUAUAGUUGAUUGAUGCUAGUUUCUUUU